CCACGUCAAACCCAGCCGGGAGCACACACCCCAGGGUCACGCCAGAGGUGGUGGGCUUGCAGGCAGGUUCCUCACCCAGGGGCCAUGGGCAACAUCAGGGGGCAGCCUGGCAUCCACACCUACAAAUCCCUCGCGGAAGAGGGCCCCUUCGGCUCUGUGGAGCCGCCCAAGAGACCCACGGGGAGUCUGGUGAUGCACAGCAUGGCCAUGUUCGGCCGGGAGUUUUGCUACGCGGUGGAGGCGGCCUACGUGACCCCGGUCCUGCUCAGCGUGGGCCUGCCCAGGAGUCUGUACAGCAUGGUGUGGCUCCUCAGCCCCAUCCUGGGGUUCCUGCUGCAGCCCGUGGUGGGAUCAGCCAGCGACCACUGCCGGGCCCGAUGGGGCCGCCGGAGACCCUACAUCCUCACGCUGGGCGUCCUGAUGCUGCUGGGCAUGGCGAUGUACCUCAAUGGGGACGCUGUCGUAUCAGCUUUGAUUGCUGACCCAAGGAGGAAGCCGAUUUGGGCCAUAAGCAUCACCAUGAUAGGUGUGGUCCUCUUUGAUUUUGCUGCUGACUUCACCGAUGGGCCCAUCAAAGCCUAUUUAUUUGAUGUCUGCACCUAUGAAGAUAAGGAGAGGGGCCUCCACUACCAUGCCCUCUUCACAGGUUUGGGAGGUGCCCUGGGUUACCUUUUGGGCGCCAUCGACUGGGCCCCCCUGGCACUGGGAAGACUGCUGGGCACAGAAUUCCAGGUCAUGUUCUUCUUCUCCUCACUGGUGCUCACUUUGUGUUUUAUUCUCCAUCUGUGCAGUAUCCCUGAAGCCCCACUUAGAGAUGUUGCAAAGGACAUUCCCCCACAGCAAGCCCCCCAGGACCUUGCAUUGUCAUCAGACAGAAUGUACCAGUAUGGGUCUAUUGAGAAAGUUAAAAAUGGUUAUGUAAACCUAGAGCUGACGCUGCAGGGAGAAAAAAACAAAAAUCCUGCUGAACAGACUCAGAGGACAAUGGCCGUGAAGUCACUGCUGAGGGCGCUGAUGAACAUGCCUUCCCACUACCGAUGCCUUUGCAUCAGCCACCUCAUUGGAUGGACUGCCUUCCUGUCCAACAUGCUCUUCUUCACAGACUUCAUGGGCCAGAUCGUGUACCAUGGGGAUCCCUACAGUGCACACAACUCCACAGAGUUCCUCAUCUACCAAAGAGGGGUUGAGGUUGGAUGCUGGGGCUUGUGCAUCAACUCUGUGUUUUCCUCACUUUAUUCUUACUUCCAGAAAGCUUUGGUUCCUUACAUCGGAUUAAAGGGUCUUUACUUCAUGGGGUAUUUGCUGUUUGGCCUGGGGACGGGCUUCAUCGGGCUCUUCCCGAAUGUCUACUCCACCCUGGUCAUGUGCACCUUGUUUGGCGUGAUGUCCAGCACCCUGUACACCGUGCCCUUUAACCUCAUCACCGUGUACCACCUCAAGGAGCAGGAGGAGCAGAGGCUGAAGGCCCAGGGCGGGGGCCCGGAUGACAGCGAGAGAGGGCAGGGUCUGGACUGCGCCGCCCUCACCUGCGUGGUCCAGCUGGCUCAGAUCCUGGUCGGGGGUGGCCUGGGCUUUCUGGUCAACACCGCUGGGAGUGUCGUCGUCGUGGUGAUCACGGCCUCGGCAGUAGCACUGGUCGGCUGUUGCUUUGUGGCUCUCUUUGUCAGAUAUAUGGAUUAGUUCAAUAAAGAGCUAUUGUCUUUAACCUCAGACACAGUGGAGCACACGGCAGGAAAUCAGUCUUUAACUCCGAGUUGUUCAUAUCUGCCCGUUGGAUGGCAUGUGUUGUGACUUCAGCUGCGGUAAUCUGCCCACCCCUCACUCUCAGCCAGCCCUCU